CCAGUAAAUACAAAGAUGGCGACGUGCGAGAUGAGAAAUAACGAAGUGAACUUUUUGUAAUGUAAAGAAAGCAGUGAAGCAAAGAUGGCAUCCGCUGCAACUGGAUUGGGUGGCCAGAGGGCUUCCAUUUUGAUAGAACCUGAACCAGUAGCAGGACCAUCCAGUAUGGCUGACGACAACAUGGAUGAAGGGGAGGUGGCUGAGGAAAAGAUGGGCUUCCACGUCAACACAAAACUCAUCCCCAAGGCUCUGCUGGAAGAACAGUCAGAGCUAGAAGGGCUUGGACUUGGUGUAUUCAACCAGCAGGAGUUUGAAGAUGGUGUGAUGGCCCAGGUGGACCAGGCAAUGGCGCUGGAAGAAGAGGAGAGGUUACGCCGAAUUCUCACAAAAGAGAUGACAGCUGUUGAGGAUGACUUCAAAAUGGCCAAUCAGGAAUUGACUCAUAUCAACAAAGUGAUGGCAUCAAUGCCUCAGUCUACUGAGGGAGUGAGUCGUGAUGUGAGGCACACAAUAGAAGCUAUUAAGAAACAGAGAGACAAUAAGAUGAAGCAUCUGAAAAAGUUGGAAUCAAGGAAGAGCGUAUUGCAGGCAAAGAUGGACAACGUGAAGUUUGAUGCAGGUGUGCUGGUAGCACCUCUGGGACAACAAGGAAAAGAUCUUGAAGCUGGUAUGAAAUCUGGAAAGACAAGGGAAUCAGAGAGAGACAGGAUGAUUAGACUUGGUCACAUGACCCCCUUUGGAACAAUUAUCAAGAACAAGAAACAAGCCAAACCGCGACCAUCCACUUCGCCAAAGGAUAGUGCAAAUAAGAAGAAACAUAAACUGUCUGCCAAUGGUAAAUUGAGUCUGAGUCAAGGUGUUGAUGGUCUGUCUCCAUUGAAGAAGAGGAAGGGUGAGAAGACCAACAUGUUUGAUGAGAGGGACCACAAGCUGUAUAAUCGAGAGACUGACUACACACAAGCAAAGUACCAACGUCGAGGGAGAAGGGCUAACGGGAGUGGGGAAGCAUCAUUUGGAGAUGAAGAGAGCGACAUGGCUGACAGUGGUGAUGAAUGGCGACCAUCAGGACAAUCCAUUGAGGAUGAGGAUGAUGCAUUAGAGCUAUUAGAGAGGAGGAAGGAACGGAAGUCAUUUCUACCUGAGAAGCAUGUUCCCCCAGCUUAUGAUAAUGGUGUCUCGAAGCAACCGACGCUAAAGGUUAAGAAAGACACCAGUAUCCAUAAAGCCAAGGACGAUGGGGAUGAGAGAUACUACCAGAGGAGAUUGAAAGAAUACCAGAGGACUGAGCUGCUGAAGAAGUUCGAGCGUGAGUCAAGGCUGGAUGCAAGAGGGGAAGAUGACAAUGACUCUGAGGAGGAUGAGGAGUUUGAUGGAGGACUCCAAGUGCCAGGAAUUAUCUGGAAAAACCUCUACCAGUACCAGAGGGUGGGAGUGCGAUGGUUAUGGGAGCUCCAUUGCCAGGAGGCUGGUGGUAUUGUUGGUGAUGAGAUGGGACUGGGGAAAACCAUUCAGACGAUCGCAUUCCUGGCAGCUCUCAGAUAUAGCAAACUACGCAACAAAAACUUUCCAUGUGCUGGUCUGGGUCCGUGUGUGAUUGUGUGUCCAGCAACUGUGAUGCAUCAGUGGGUGAAGGAAUUCCACAAAUGGUGGCCUCCAUUCCGGGUUGCCAUUCUACACUCAUCAGGCUCAUACAGUGGCAAGGAGCAAGACUUGGUGUACAGGGUGGUGCGGAACCAGGGGGUAAUAGUGACCUCCUUCAGCACCUUGGUCAUCCACCAGGACAUCAUACUGCCCUACAACUGGCACUACGUAAUCCUGGAUGAGGGACACAAGAUCCGCAACCCAAAUGCACAGAUCACGCUUGCCUGUAAACAGUUCCGCACGCCGCACCGAAUCAUCCUUUCCGGUUCCCCGAUACAGAACCACCUGAAGGAGUUGUGGUCUCUGUUUGACUUCAUCUUCCCUGGCAAGCUGGGCAUGCUGCCGGACUUCUUGCAGCAUUUCUCUGUGCCCAUUGUGCAGGGAGGCUAUGCCAACGCCACCCAAGUCCAGGUUGAGACAGCCUACAAGUGCGCCACUGUCUUGAGAGAUACCAUCAAUCCAUUCCUGCUCCGCAGAAUGAAAGCUGAUGUCAAAGUUGGCUUAGAUCUACCUCAGAAGAAUGAACAGGUGUUGUUCUGCCGGCUGACAGAUGAGCAGAGGGAGGUAUACCAGGAGUAUCUUGACUCCCGUGAAUGUCAGGCCAUCCUUUCUGGCAAGUACAAGAUAUUUGCUGGGCUGAUCACUCUUCGGAAGGUUUGUAAUCAUCCUGACUUGUCAACAGGCGGGCCUCGGAUCUUGGUGGGUGAGGAUACUCACGGGGAUGAGACGCUCGACUAUGGCUACUACAAACGAUCAGGGAAGAUGAUAGUAGUGGAGGCGCUUCUCAAGCUGUGGCAGACGCAGGGACACAGGGUCUUGCUUUUCAGUCAGAGUAGAACGAUGCUGGACAUUAUGGAGUUUUUUGUACAGAAGCAGAUGUAUUCCUACCUCCGUAUGGACGGUACUUCACCCAUAGCUUCCCGGCAGCAGCUCAUUGACCAGUUCAACAAGGAUCCGUCCAUCUAUGUGUUCCUGCUGACAACCCGAGUUGGGGGUCUGGGUGUGAACCUGACAGGAGCGAACCGUGUAAUCAUCUUUGACCCCGAUUGGAACCCCAGCACUGACACACAGGCUCGGGAGAGAGCAUGGAGGAUCGGACAGAAAAAGCAGGUCACCAUCUACAGGCUUCUCACAUCCGGCACCAUUGAGGAGAAAAUAUACCACAGACAAAUCUUCAAGCAGUUUCUUACAAACCGUGUUUUGAAAGAUCCUAAACAACGUCGCUUCUUCAAAUCCAAUGACAUCUAUGAACUAUUCACCUUGACUGACCUUGGAGAUGGUGAGGGCACAGAGACCAGUGCCAUCUUUGCUGGGACUGGGUCAGACGUCACGGUCCCAAGGCCGGUCAAAAACAAGAGAAAGAAAAGGAAAGUAAACAGGUUUGAUGAAAUGAAAAAGGAAUCUAAAUCCUCCAAAGAAGAUUCAUUUGAAAAUACUUUUGACACAGAUGAGAUUCAACGUAUGCGUGAAAUGGCCAGGAUGUUAAGUCAGAGGAUGGAGAAAGAUAAGAACAAGACCAGAAGGAGUGAAUCUGGCGGAGACAUGAAUGGAGCUGCACAUACUACCUCGAAACAAGACAAUGAUCACAAACCACCCUUCUUAAAGGACACACUCAGGAACAAAGAUAAAAAACAUAAGAAAAAGAAGAAGAAGAAGAGUAGAGAUGCCAAGUUUGAAGGGGAGCGGAUCCCCCACCUGGACCGCAGGAGUGACUACAAGGACAAGGAUGGAGAUGCAGAGGAGAAGAAGAAUGACGACUAUGUGCUGCAGGAACUCUUCAAGAAAACAGGCAUCCAGGGUGCGUUACAGCAUGACAAGAUCAUGAGCUCAGGACGACCAGACUUUGCUCUGGUGGAGGCUGAGGCAGAGAAAGUGGCCAAACAGGCAGUAGCUGCGCUGAAGAAGUCUCGAUCUCAGUGCCACUCUGCCCUGGCCGGUAUCCCAACAUGGACAGGGCAGCACGGUGGAGGAGCCAAACCUAAGUUUGGAAAGAAGAAAAACAGCCUCCUUGCUGAUAAGAUCAAACCCAUGGCGGCAACAUCGACUGCUACUGGAUCUAAGAUGCCAGACAAGUCUGAUGAAGACAGACUAUUUAAUGGUAGUAUUUCUGGGACAGUGGCCCUGACAGCCAAUGCAGCUGUGAUGUCGUCCGACGACCUCCUGUCAAAGAUGAGAUGCAGACACAACCUGUCAAAGCAGGGGGACGAGGAUAUUGGCGGAAACCCUGACAAAGUCGACACAAAAGACCUUGACCUUAUGACUGACAUUCGGAACUAUAUUGCAUUCCAGUGUCACGUUGAUGGACAGGCUGCAACACGGGAACUACUCGAUCAAUUUGGUCCUCGUUUGCCAAAAGGGGGAGCUGCACGUUUCAAGGCAAUGCUCAAUCAGAUCUGUGACCUUGACAAGUCAAGUGGUGUUGGAAUAUGGAGACUUAGAACUGAGUUUAGAUGAUGAUGAGCUUUUGGGUAUUUUCCUUCGCAGGAUUCAGACUAAGUGGACCAUGAACAGUGCAAACUGGAAGGACGGCAGCUAUUCACACCUUCAGAUAGUGUUACUCAUGAUGUGUCAAGAAUUACACUGUAUAAUGAUGCUGCCCAAUGCAAGACUGCAAACACACUUGUGUGCACGCACACACACACACAAGACAACAUGAAAUGAGACAUAGUCUUGGAAUAAGUCUUUUUAAUAUUGCCUGCAAUGGUGUUUUAAUAUGUUACUUGUCAGUGAUAUAAGCUGACAUAUCAUCAGAUACUUUGUAAAUUUUCUCAGUGACCUCAGGGGUAUUGUUAUUGAUACAAUUUUCAGAUCAUUGAUGUUCAUCUGCAACCAGUAUGCUAGGGAGGUUAUUCCUUGGUGUCUCAGAUUCUUUCCUGUUCUUUAUCAGGUAUCAUAUAAGUUGACAGAAGUUGUGGUUUUGGGAACAGAAAAAGUUGUUUCCUUAGUAGUGAGUAACAGGUAAUUGUUCCACAUUCCAUUGUAAACCUGAAGGAGUGAUUGCUACUGACAGAAGCACAUUGUGAAAUAAUUGUUAGUGUCAUUUAUUAUAUUAAAUCUCUCU